AUGGGCGUUUUGGACGCAGUGGGCAUCCAGUUUUGCAACGAAUGCAACAAUAUGCUCUACCCACGGGAAGACAAAGUGAAUCGAGUGCUGCUCUAUCAGUGCCGGAACUGCGAGCUGAACGUCGAAGCUGAAAGACCGUGCAUCUAUGUGAACAAACUCAUCUCCACCCUGAACGAAGUCAAGCAGAUAAACACGGACGUAGUCAUGGAUCCGACUCUGCCAACGACUUCGCACAUAAACUGUCCCCAAUGCAACGCCAACCAAGCGGUGUUCUUCCAGUCCUACUCGACGCGAAAAGACGCGAAGAUGAAUCUCUUCUAUGUUUGCAAAAUCUGCCGUUACAAAUGGACAUGUAGCAAAAGCAUGAACUCUCGAUUGAUCGCCGUUUCGCUGCGAUCUCUGAAGGUUCAGAACGUCUCGGUCGUUGGUUCCGGGCUGAUGGGCGCUGGAAUCGCCCAGGUCGCCGCCCAAACUGGCCACAACGUCGUCCUCAACGAUUUGAACGACGCCGCUCUUGGCAAGGCGCAAAAAGGUAUCGAAAAGUCGCUUGGCCGCGUCGCCAAGAAAAUGGGCGACGAGGGUGCAAAAUUCAUCGAAGACACCAUGUCGCGCAUCACCUUCACGACCAGCGUCGAGGAAACCGCUGCCAACGCCGACUUGGUCGUCGAAGCGAUCGUCGAGAACCUCGCUGUCAAGCAAAAACUCUUUGCUGAUCUCGAAGCUGGCGCCUCGGCCAAGUGCAUUUUGGCGACUAACACUUCUUCCCUACCUGUCAGCGCCAUCGGCGCCAACCUCAAGGAUACGACUCGAUUCGGCGGUCUCCACUUCUUUAACCCCGUUCCAAUGAUGAAGCUGCUUGAGGUGAUCAAAGCGAACGACACUUCGGACGAAGUGUUCCAGGCGAUGCUCGACUGGGGCAAGGCGAUGAACAAGACCACUGUGAAAUGCAUCGAUACUCCCGGCUUCAUCGUCAACCGACUUUUGGUGCCCUACCUGAUGGAAGCCAUUCGACUCGUCGAGCGAGGCCACGCCACCAAAGAGGAUGUUGAUAUCGCGAUGAAACUUGGAGCUGGGCAUCCAAUGGGUCCACUCCAGCUCGCUGAUUACGUCGGCCUGGACACUUGCAAGUUCAUCCUCGACGGCUGGCACCAGGAGUACCCUGACGAGCCGCUUUUCAACCCCGUAGAAACCCUCAACAAACUCAACGAAGAAGGCAAAAUUGGUAUGAAGUCCGGCGAAGGAUUCUACAGCUACAAAAAGAAGUAA